GCUUAUGGUUAUCACUGUUUCUUUUGUUUGAACUUCCCCUUUAACAAUGGCGUUUUGACCCCUCUCUCUCUCUGAGUCUUCUGAGUUAUUCCGAUUUCUCUUUCUCUUUCUCUCUCUCUCUCUCUCUCUCUCUCUCUCUCUCUCUCUCUCUCUUCAAGUUGUGUUGCAAUCCCUAGAAAACCCCAAGAGAAACCCCUAAUUUUUCUCUUCUCACAAAAAUUUAACAUUUUUUUUGCUUUGUUUCUUCUUAUGCCAUCGUUUCAAUCUCGAUGUUGCUUUGGUGCAUCGGAUAUAUUUCAUCUUGUAACGAUAAGUUAGAUUCAUCUUUCUUCCUUUGCGUCCUUAAGAGUUCAUCAGUAGAGAGAGUAGGGUUUUAAUUUUUAGGGAAUUUUGAUUUCGUUUGGGAGGAGACUCAGGAUUCGAUUCCCCAAUAUUGUCUCUUAGUAUCCGUAGUUUAUUACUUGUAUGGUUGGAUUUUGAUUUGGAAUAUAAAGGUAGCUUUUUUAAAACGAGGUUCAGUGAUACUUGGAAGAUCUGAGUUCGUUGGUGUGUUUCUCGGCUUUGGGAUUCUUCUAUUAAGCUUUUGUCUUUCUAUUGAUAUCUAUGAUCAGUUGCUAAGGUUGUGGAGGAACUCUAAAAGAUUCGAAAUUUGCAGAAAUCUCAGUUGAUUUACGAGAGGGGUUUUAGUGUAGUAAGAUUCUAUAGAAAUUUGGGGGCGGGUUUGAUUGGAGAAAUGACGGUGGAGGAAGUUAGUGAUGGUCCUGUGUGGACUAGAGAGGAUGAUAUUGCCUUUGAGAGAGCUCUAGCUAGUAAUACUGAUGAAUCCGAGGAACGGUGGGACAAGAUUGCUGCAGAUGUUCCUGGAAAAAGUGUUGAACAGAUUAAAGAACAUUACGAGCUUUUAGUUGAAGAUGUUAGUAGGAUUGAAUCAGGAUGUGUGCCUCUUCCUGCCUAUGGAUCUCCUGAAGGAUCAAAUGGUCAUGCUGGUGAUGAAGGAGGAAGUAGUAAGAAAGGCGGUAACAAUCAUGCGGGAGAGUCUAACCAAGGAGGUAAAUCAAAGGCCGAUCAGGAGCGACGGAAGGGUAUUGCCUGGACAGAGGAUGAGCACAGGUUAUUUCUUCUUGGUUUGGAUAAGUACGGGAAAGGAGAUUGGCGUAGCAUUUCUCGCAACUUUGUAGUAACAAGAACACCGACCCAAGUAGCAAGCCACGCUCAAAAGUAUUUCAUUCGUCUCAACUCAAUGAACAAAGAUAGAAGGCGAUCAAGCAUUCACGACAUCACUAGUGUUGGCAACGCAGAUGUCUCAACACCACAAGGACCAAUCACUGGUCAGAACUACAGCAAUAACGGCAACAACAGCAAUAACGGCAACAACACCACCAGUUCUGUUGCUGUUGCUGGAGGAGGAAACAAAUCAGCCAAGCAAGCCGUCUCUCAACCACCACCAGGACCUCCUAUGUAUGGAACACCCACCAUAGGUCAACCAGUAGCUGGACCGAUGGUCUCAGCAGUUGGAACACCAGUGAACCUCCCAGCUCCACCUCACAUUGCUUUUGGUGCCCAUGCUGCUCCAGUUCCUGGUUCAGUGGUUCCUGGUGCAACAAUGAACAUGGGUCAGAUACCAUACACCAUGCCGCGUACACCAACGGCUCAUAGGUAACCGAAAACACCUUUAUUGUGAUAGUGCACUUCGUUUUAGGUGUAAGAAAGAUGUGUAAAGGAUUUAGUGAAUAUUCAAGCUUGUUCCUUGAGUGAGUUUUUUUAUUACUUAGUUUUGUGGGGAUUGUUAUGAGGUCCCAAUAAGAUAUUAAGAUCACAUGAUUAGUUUCAGACUCGAGAAGCAAAAAAAAUCACACAAACUCUUCUUUGUAUGUGAGCACAAUAAAGCCUCUGUUAUGAGACUUACAACGAAGCAACAUUGUAUAUCUUGUACUCACUCAACUAUAUCUUUGAACUGCAACGUGCAAUUCCUUA